UGUGAACUCAGGCUAGGCCUCUGCAAAGCGUUUGUCUCUGGCCUCCUGUCCGACGCGCAGGGCAGACUCUCGGCGCCAGAGCUUCGAUUGAGCAUCGCGAAGCAUAGACAGGAGAGCUGCCGCUGCCGUUGCUGCUCCUGCCACUGCGAAGUAAGAAUUUCCGGAGCGAGACGAGACGAGAGAAGAAUCCCUCGGUCGUCCUGUCGUCUCUGCUACGACUUGAAGAAAAAACUUGACAGCAGCCAGCAGCAGCAUCAGCAGUAGCUGGUGUUUGUAGCCAGCCCGCCAGGGAGGCAGCCAGCCAGCUGCAGAGCUGCGCAGCAGGCGGAGAGAGAGAGAGAGAGAGAGAGAGAGAGAGGCGAGCAGCAAAAGUGAUCUUUGCAGGAGGAGGAAGAGCAUUGAGUCGAUUCACGAACUGAUAAUUGCACUUAAGCUAUCUGUGCUGCAACUGGGUUUGACACACGUUCGUGAGGGAGGGGGAGUGAGUGAAGGAAGGAAGAAGCCAGUGCCCGGAACCUUCGUUAGUGGCUCGCUUGCGUCGAUUGCUUCGGAGUCUCCAGUGUGAAACGUAGUGACUCGUUGCUGGCCCUGAAUCGGGUCUUAGAUUGUUGGCCUGCAGCAUAGUCCUUUGCGUUGUGACUCGUUGCUGGCCCUGAAUCGGGUCUUAGAUGGUUGGAACCUCUAUCAGAAACAGAAGAACAACUUAUCGACGGGUUUGCCUCAGUUUGCCUCAGUCUUAACGGCGCGUCGCAGAAUUCGGAUGGCAUUGCGAUCCCAGGGUCUUCCCGAUCAACACCAAGUCUGGAAUGUCUAUCGGGACAGUCUGAAAGGAUCCUGCCUGGCGUUUAAUUUGAUCUUCCCUCUCGGACUGGACCAGUGGAGGAAGAAAUUUGUCUUCUCAGCUCUCAUCUGAUAGUCCGUAGUGCAGGCAGGCAGGCAACAAACAGUCCAAACAGGUCUGCGAGCUAAUUUUGAGAGUAGCUCUCCCACGUUUCCAAUAGCACGAUCGGGUCCGCCAUCGCAGGAACGAGCUAAUUUCUAGAAAAUAGCGAUCGCCGAAGCGUGCAUUUUUGCGCAACAGCAGCUAGCCAUGAGGCGAUAUCUGGAAUCAGCUAUGGGUGUGCCAGUGUCUACCCCAAGUGGCCAGCAGGCGAUGCCCCCUAUCCAUUACCAUGGAAAUCAAACUCUUAAUGCAGUUUCUUUUGGAUUUAUAGCUACGGCGGUUCUCUUUGCCAUGUUUUUGGUGAUGGCAAUAUUUGAGAGGAUUUUGCGACCUCAUCGUUUGGCUCGCGCCAGUGCGAGAGAUGAAGAACCAGCGGAAUCAAUUCCUGAGACAUCUGUAGAUGCUGAGAAACCUGAAAUCUAUGCGUUUUCAAGCUACUCCAACGCGGUGUCAGUUCUCAUGCCAGGGCACGAUUAUCCGACUUAUUUCGCCCGGCCUAUUCCUAUGCCUUGCAGCCGAGAACGCGCAGUCUGGCCUUCUCACCACGGAUCGAUUGAUGAAUCAUCCCGUUCAUCUGAUUCCGAUUCGUCUGAGAAGGAAAUCGUCACCGAUCUCGGGAGAGGACAAGAGGAGGCUUCGAAUUCAGCAUCUCGUCCAUCAAAGGAGGUGUUACAGGCUGGCGUGGUGGUGGUGAAGGAAAAGGGAGAGUCUUCGUCCCCUGCCUCACCCGAGAAGUCCUAUAUUCAGGACGUUGAGGACGUUGAGAAGGCAGAAGAUGAAACCAUUGCUGAUCCGGGCAGGAUAGAGGUUCGUCAGGAGGCUUACAGGAACUAAUUGCCUUAAUUGUAUAUCGUGUUGUAUAUCAUGUAAUAUACAUGUCCAGAAUCCAGGAGCUCUUUGUGCUGAACGACAAAUCAGAAUGAAGGAGUAACAAAGCCUCUAGAGCGUCCUUCUUCUGGAGCGUCCUGUACCUCAAGCCUCUAGCCUCAAGGAGUAACAAAGCCUCUAGAGCGUCCUUAGGGUUUCAAAACUGAAGAUUCGAAGAAUACCUCCUAGAAUUUUUUAUCUGAUUGUCGAAGAGAAAUUGCCUGGUCAUGGCGAUUUUCUAUACUUGCAACAAUUAGUUGUAAUUCUGAUCAGCAAAUAGGGGAGGUGUGGGUUAGGGAGAUAAGGAAGCUGCAUCGAUUUUCCAAGUGCAUAAUUCGGAAUGCGUGUGGCUCAGGGAGGUAGGAAGUUACGAACUUUGCGUGUGGCACUUGUCAUCAGAAGAAAGCGGGCUACAAUUGGAGGAGUGUCUGUAAAGACGAGAAAGCUCUUCAAUUUCCAAGAUUGUGCAAUCCGUGCAAAUCACCUUCGCCUACGAGUUUAUUACGAGCAACAGUGAUGGUUUGUGAGUUCUCGUUCCAGAUCCAGAUUUAGGUACACAAUGAAAUGGAGUAGAAUAGGAUCAGAAUGAAGCGAAUGGUGGAGUAGAUUAGGAUCAAAAUGAAGGUUACGUGGGUUAUGGAGUAGACAUGUUAAAUUUAAGCGGGUAUGCUCUCUAGAUGAAAAGAGUUCGCUAAACAAUUUUUAGGCAGGUCUGAUAGUCAAAUCAAGGGGAGAGCAGUUUUAGCGGUUCAGAUCGAAACCCAGGAUGUACGAAAUUACAUUGUCGAAAACCAAACCCAACAUGUACGAAAUUACACUGUCGAUCAUGUAGCUUCUCUUUAUUUAUGGUGAUAAAUGGAGCUUUAUGUAUCAGUUUAUUUACGGUGAUAAAUGGAGCUUCAUGUAUCAAUUCUC